CUCGUGUUAAACGCACAGUAGUCUUUGACGUGCUUAAGAACUACAACUCCCAGAAGACUUUUGUAUUUCAGCUGUGCUAAUUGGAAGGUUGGUUGUCCAAUCAGAGUAUACCGGAAGUAAAAGCGAAGGAAAUUGCACACGUACAAAAUCAUGGCGUCAGGUGUGGACCAGGCAGUGGGGAUGGGGCUGGUGGGCUUCAGCCUGCUGCUCUUCAUAUACUACACACUGUGGGUUAUCGUUCUGCCCUUUGUAGACAGCGAUCACGUGAUCCACGGCUACUUCCUUCCCCGAGAGUACUCCGUCAUACUGCCCGGCAUUGCUGCUCUCCUUCUCGUUUUAUUUGUUGGGACGUUUAUCGCGGUGGUAAUGUGGAAGAACAGAAAACCAAAGAAGACACAGUGAAGAGAGAAAGAAGCCCCAUUCAGAGCCACAGAAACAUUCCUGGAGUCUGCAGGGCGGCAGUGCUGUGUCUGCGGUUCAUUAACACAGAGAGAAUGGAGGGACAGUGGCUGUUCAAUUCCCCUUGAAACCCUGACAAGUACAACUGCAGAUUGAUUUUCAGUCAAAGGCUCCUUAUUUUAUUUGUAAAUCAAGUGUACCUUAGAUCAUUUCAGAAAAAUCUAUCACUGUGUAAACUGAGCUACUUACUGUGUGUAAGCUAUGUAGCAUCGUGUGCUAAAAUAACUAAUGCAGUGAAAUCCGCUUAAUAGAAUCGCUGGCUAGUUAAAACUACCCUAAUGGUGUAAUGAAAAAUCUCUUUGCUACCACUUUGUUUUAAGUGAUCAAAAUAAACAUGCUCACGUUAAGAGGUUUUCACUGUAUUUUUAACCACAUUUUCUUUGGUGUUACUCCUGUAAAAAUCCAGGAGGACGGCCUUACCUGAAGUAACAGUAGAUAGCCCUGGAUUAGUGAUAAUCCGGGUCUGUGAAACUCACUCUCUGUCCUCUCCAGAAAGGGUGCUGUUAUUACUUCCCAUCGUGCAAGGCUUGUAAGAAGCAGAUUUCAUUAUUAGCAUAGAAAGCGUUUAUUGCAAAAAAUAUAUAUAUAUAUAUAUUUUUGUUGUAAAAUAUUCGAUAAUUGACCAAGUAAAAAUAAAAUGAAGCUGGUUAGUCUUGUUUGUCUAAUGUUUUA